AUGUACCGUCGCAGCGACCCCAGGUGGAAUCGCACGCUCCAUCAAAUCACGGAGAACCUCGAACACGCAAACGAAUCAGCGCAGGAGAACAUCUACGGAUUCACACAGCGCUACGUCAACCCAUGCUUCUCAUCCAUUACCCAAUGCGUCAACGCGUGCACGGCGCCAUGCUUCCCAGCGCACAACGACCGCCGGCGCAAUCGCGGACGAUCACGAGGCCGAGCAGAAGUCAGCUUCGACUUCUACGACGACUGGGAGGACGACGAGAACGACAGCCUCUUGGGCUGGGGCACAGAUAACCUCGACCGCUUUCUCGGCGGCGCGGCCAAUUAUGGCGCAACUACGCAGCCUGGUCGACAGAGCGGCAUGAGUUAUGGACAGCGAAAUCGUGAUGCCAGAUACAACACGCCGCGGCGGAAGAGCACGACGCUGCCACGAGACGGCGCCCAAGACCCGACUCUCAUCCCAAGUUCCUCUUACUUUGGCUUUCUGGGACGGUUGCCUUGGAAGAUUGGCGGUAGGGGACUGCGAUACAAGCCCUCGGCGGCAGACCUCACAGAGCACCCGGGCGCAACGCGAAGGAGCCUCGAGGAAGAACAGCCGUUGAUUGAGGACAGUGAUGAGGAUGCAUUGGACGGGCCGGAGAGUAAGGGACAUCGCAGGCAGAGAAGCAACACACAUACAUCCGGACACACGACCGACUCGCUGAGUUCUAGAGGCGACAUUUUCCCCAGCGAAGACGAGCUAGAAGACGCGGUACCGCUCGACGACGAGUUCACCAUCGCGCUCGAGCGACGCACAACAGGGCAGUGGAACGAAGACAGCACCAGCAGCAACAAAGCGCGCUCAAGUAAAAGCAAGCGACCCUCCGCCUCCCGCAUGUCUACCCGAACAGUCUCCUCACGCAACACAAGCGCCUCUGAUAAGCCCCCGUUGCCUCAGCGCUCCGCCUCCGAAAUGAUUGAAGAAGUCCCCACCCUCGACGAACUACAUAAAGAAGAAGAACGUCUCCAUCUAGAAGAAGAAAUGGAAGUCCAUCGCAAACGUCAGGAAGCCCGACAGCUCGCCGUCAAGCGUGGCCUAGCUCCUGACCAACAAGCGCUCUCUACCAAAUCCAGCACGCCCCGCUCCUCGUCGCCGGCUCAUGUAAUGACGGCAGUAAGCUCGACUGUAUCGCCGCUUGUACGCACACCCGCUGGCGAAACUGCGCCUUUGACUGACCAGUUCGACUCGAUACCUUUUCCCAGUUUUGUAGAUACCCAGACGAUGCCGGACAGCAGUGGGUUUCAUGUCGAUGAGAGUGAUUAUUCGAGUAAGGCUGUGACGCCGAAUCGACCCUUGUCUAUCAAAGAUGGGAGGGGAGAAGAUGAUGAAGAGGCGUUUGUUCCUGCUCGAUUACCGCAUUUUGGGCCUGAAUAG